AUGGAGGGCCGCGGACUGGGCCGGGCUUUGUGCGUGCUGACCGGGGCCUCUCGCGGCUUCGGCCGAGCCCUGGCCCCGCUUCUGGCCUCGCUGCUGGCGCCCGGCUCCAUGCUGGUCCUGAGCGCCCGCAAUGAAGAGGCGCUGCAGCAGCUCGAGGCUGAGCUGGGCGCGAAGCGGGCCGACCUCCGGGUGCUGCGGGCGCCCGCCGACCUGGGCACCGAGGCCGGCCUGCAGCAGCUGCUCGGGGUCCUGCGCGAGCUCCCCAAGCCCGAGGGGCUGCAGCGGCUGCUGCUCAUCAACAACGCGGCCAGCCUUGGCGAUGUGUCCAAAUACUUUGUGAACCUCUCCGACCCAGCUGAAAUGAACAACUACUGGUCUCUGAACUUGACCUCCAUGAUCUGCCUGACUUCCGGCAUCCUGAAGGCCUUCCCUGAGAGUCCUGGCUUCAGCAGAACCGUGGUCAACAUCUCAUCCCUCUGUGCCAAACAACCUUUCAAGGGCUGGACCCUGUACUGUGCAGGGAAAGCUGCCCGGGACAUGAUGUGUCAGGUCCUGGCCUCAGAGGAGCCCAGUGUUAGGGUGCUGAGCUAUGCCCCAGGCCCACUGGACACAGACAUGCAGCAGCUGGCCCGCGAGAACUCCGUGGACCCCGAGGUGCGAGAGAGCCUGCAAAGGCUGAAGGAGAAGGGGAAGCUGGUGGACUGCGGGGUGUCGGCCCAGAAGCUGCUCAGCUUGCUGCAGAAGGAUGCGUUCCAAUCUGGAGCCCAUGUUGACUUCUACGACCAAUAA